UAACCACUGCCGAUCAUUUAAUAUCGAUCUCUUCUUCUAGGAAAACAAGCAUCCUUUUUAACCGAGCAGAGCCUGGACACCGGUCCCUUUCCGUCUGACAACACAUCGGAGCCAACAUGGUGGUCGGAUCCCGCUGUCCGGUAAUCCUGUGGCUGGCCCUGGCCGCCGUGCUGGGCUCGGUACUCGGGCUCGGUGAGGACAUCGACCGGCCUCUGUUCGGACCUCCAGGCUCUCCUGUCCGGCUGCAGGAGUCCGACGCCGGCCUGAAGAAGGCUCUGGCUUUCGCCGAGGAGCGCUACAACCGGGGCUCCAACGCCAUGCACCUCCGCAAAGUCAGCCGGCUCCUCUCUGCCACCAAACAGCUGGUUAAGGGUAUCCGCUACACCAUAACAGUGGAACUGAGUAACACUCAGUGUAAGAAAUCCACCAUGCUGAGGACAUGUGACUUCUAUCCCGAGUUACAGAAACUCAAGACGGAGGUGUGUGUGUUCGAGGUGUGGGACAUUCCCUGGCAGGGCACCUCCACCCUGCUCAAACAGAAGUGCCAGCCUAAAGCUGAACCUCAACAAGAAGAGACCAACAAGGUCACGGAUGAAUCCAGCAGCCAGCCUCUGGAGGAGAACGUGGAGCUGCUGGGCCAGUUCAAAGAGUUCAUGGUGAAAUACAAUAAGGUGUACAGCAGCCAGGAGGAGGCAGAUCAACGCCUGCGCAUCUUUCACGAGAACCUGAAGACUGCUGAGAAGCUCCAGUCUUUGGAUCAGGGGUCAGCUGAGUAUGGAGUCACCAAGUUCAGCGACCUGACUGAGGAAGAGUUUCGCUCCACAUACCUGAACCCGCUGCUCAGCCAAUGGACUCUUCACCGAGCGAUGAAGCCGGCUUCACCUGCCCAAGGCCCCGCCCCUGACAGCUGGGACUGGCGGGAUCAUGGAGCUGUUAGUUCCGUUAAGAACCAGGGCAUGUGUGGAUCCUGCUGGGCAUUUUCUGUGACAGGAAACAUUGAAGGCCAGUGGUUCCUGAAAAAUGGGACACUGCUGUCCCUCUCUGAACAAGAGCUGGUUGACUGUGAUGGGCUGGACCAGGCCUGCAGGGGAGGACUGCCAUCAAAUGCUUAUGAAGCUAUUGAGAAACUGGGUGGUCUGGAGACAGAGACUGACUACUCCUACACCGGGCGCAAGCAGAGGUGUGACUUCACCAGCAUGAAGGUGGCCGCCUACAUCAACAGCUCUGUGGAGCUGCCCAAAGAUGAGAAGGAAAUUGCAGCUUGGCUGGCUGAGAACGGACCGAUCUCUGUUGCACUGAAUGCCUUCGCCAUGCAGUUUUACAGGAAGGGUGUGUCUCACCCUCUGAAGAUCUUCUGCAACCCCUGGAUGAUCGACCACGCUGUGCUGAUGGUGGGAUACGGAGAACGUAAAGGAACUCCAUUCUGGGCCAUCAAAAACAGCUGGGGAGAGGAUUAUGGAGAGCAGGGUUACUACUAUCUGUACAGAGGGUCAAAUGCCUGUGGGAUCAACAAGAUGUGCUCAUCUGCUGUAGUCAACUGAAGCACUGAAACACCACAUAUCCAGAGCUUAUGAUGAUUAAAAUUCUACUGAUGUUACUUUUCCGUUAAACCAAACUAGUGUUCCACCUUCAUACCUCACACCUUGUGUCAUCAAUUUACUGAAAACAUACCAGCUCUGAUAAAGCUAGUGUUGCUGUGGAAUUUUAUAGAAAUUUUAAAGUAUAUUUUAUGUGCGCAUCUCAUUCCUUUAUUCCUGCAGGUCAUAAUGAUUGCUGUGUUUUAACAAACUUUCCUCUCAGUAACUGAGCGUGCACUAACUCUAGUUAGCCUUUUGUCUUGUGAGUUUUCUUGGGUGUUUUGUUGCCAGUGAUCAUGCUAAUGCUAUGUAGUACUUGAGGGGGUUUUUGAAAGAUGGGCGUUUGCACAUUACUACAUAGAUGCAAUGUCAUUGUAAAAACUGCUGUAAGACAGUAAGAAAUAAUGAAGGUUGAAUAAAAAAAUGUGGGAUCCUA